AACACCUUCUUGGUAUUACAAACUCAUCUUGCAUUUGGGUUCAGAGGGCUUCUCGCAGAAAUGGACACCAAAAGCAAUAGAAGCGAGUACGAAGAUCUGUUGCCAGUGAUGGCAGAGAAGCUAGAUGCCGACACGUUCGUCUCAGAACUGUGUGGGGGAUUUCAGCUGCUUGCAGACCCAGCCACCAGGUUGAUAACAUCAGAAAGUCUAAGGAAGAAUUCGGCACUCUUGGGGAUGGAGGGGAUGAGCGAAGACGAUUUGGAUGCGAUGAUCAGAGAAGGAGAUCUUGAUGGAGACGGAGAGCUCAAUGAGAGAGAAUUCUGUAUCCUAAUGGUUAGGCUCAGCCCUGGGAUGAUGCGAGAUGCAGAAACAUGGCUUGAGAAGGCGCUCGAUCAAGAGUUGGGACAGCCCUCUGUUUAGUUGCUCAUGAUGAAGUCAAUGACUGAUGAGAUGAUCCUACAUUUAAACAACAAUCAAGAAAGAAAUUGUUUGCUGGCUUCAGUUAGACAUAGAAUCCUUAAAAGCUAAAUCACCUGUAAUCGAGAAAGCCACUCUUUCUUUUAUCAUUGGUAAUGAAGUGAUCCAGGUGAAACUUACAAAUCACUGUACAGAUUAAACUUGAAGUCGUCCCAACUAGGAAGGGCGGCUAAACUGCAUUACUGGCACUCCUCAUGCUUUUUUACCAGCACCUAUCAUUGGUAAUGAAGUUUUGGCACGCAGUACCAGCAUAUUAGCCCAUACCCCAGAAUCAAGAA